UCUGCACUACAGGAGCUUCUGUUCUAAAGGUCUUAGGAACACUCCUUGGUCACGAUAAAAAGGCCUGGCGCAGGAGUAAUCCCGAGCCACCUGUAGUAUCAAAAGAAACCCGUCACCUGUAGCGUCAAGAUCAACAACAGGAUCGCUUCCGUUACAAAGGUGGAUGGGUGAUAGUUUAAUUCAAAUCAAGAUCCCGCGGCUCAUAAACAAAUGUAGUGCACUAGUAUUUUGUUUGAUAUUUCUACAGUUCCGCUUGCUGAGGGGAUAAGUGCCUUGAAACUUGCAUGAGGAGGUGGUGACCAUGGAGGAGUGGCAGGCAGCGCGUGUUGAGGAGUGGGUGAGGACGUGCAACACAAGGUGCCUUCAAAGGACUAUUAGUAAAGAAAAUGCAGAUGCAUUCAUCAAGAGAGAUGGCACCACACCCCUCCACUUGGCUGCAACAUUACCAAAGGAGGCAGAUUCAAUUACCACAGCAACAAUCCUUCUUUCCAAAGGGGCCAACCCAAAUGUUCCAAAUAGUCAGGGUAAGACAAGCAUGCAUAUUGCAGCCUUCAUGGGUUACACUGACCUGCUACAGCUGCUACUACAGAAUGGUGGCGACCCAUUGUUAGGGGAUAGGAGAGGAUGUUCACCUGUUGACUGGGCCUUCCAUGGACACCACCACAAUACACUUAAGUUCCUGAACAACCUUCUGGAUACUGAAGAAUUAAGCUCUGGCAAAAGUGAUCCAAAAUAUACUCUUUCCUUCAUGCGAAUGACGCUCAUGGAUAUCACAAGUUUCCCCCCAGCCUGGACAACUGACUCAACCAGCUCCUUCUAUUCAUGUGUUUCAAACAUUCAGAGCAGGGAAGAUGCUGAAACAAGUCUUGGAACCCACAUUACAAAUUUCAACAAACCUCUGUGUGAAUCCCUAAAAUCAGAUAACGCUUGCAUCAGCAAUAAACCUCCAGCCUGGUUUAGCAACCAACCCUUCCUCAUGUCUCUGAAACAGGAGGUUGAAAUGUACCAAGAGGACAGUGACAGUGAAAAUGACUUGUGGACACUGCAAUGCUGUCUGGGAAGGAAGUUACAUCAAGAAGAACUUUCCUCAUGUGAGAGUGGAGGAUUAGAAAGUCAGUGUGAACUCAGAGAGUUGAAUGUUGCUCAUCUCACAAUAAAUGUUUCAUCAAAUACUUCACUUGAUACAGUAGAAAACAAUGACGAAAUGAGUGGACAUCAAAGCCUUAAGGAACAUAGUGAGAAUUGUAGCCAUGAAAGUUCAAAAUUUAAUACAAGAAACUAUACUUUAAGCAGUGAAAAUUGCAGUAUCAGAGUAAAUCAAAGCCAGUUUUAUGAUUCUUAUUGUGAUGAAAAGGUCAGGAGUGAACUGUUCUCAGGACACGGUGAUGGUGAUACAACUGCAGAGAUUAGUUACAAGCCAGAACUUUGUACCACUUUGCAUCUUUUGAAAUGCCCUAAAAAGAGAGAUAGAUUCACUAACAUAGUUCAUGAGACACCUUUAUCAUUAAGGAAAGAAUUAUUUAAGAAUUAUUGUAAUUUUGAAUUGUCCACUUCAAAUUUUGGAAAUAAUUUGGAAUCAUUCAAAAAGUUGGAAAAAGAACUAAUUGAUCAAAAUGCAAUCAGUUGCACUACCUCACCCAUGUCAUCUCACAAGUUAACAAGUUCAAAGACUGUACAGUCUUUGACUAGUACUUGCCCUUCUUUACUGAGCAUUGCUGAAGAAUUUCUCUACAAGGACACAGAAGCUGGAAUUCAGUUUAUUGAGAGGCGCUGUCCUACACUGGCUGUACUUUCCAGUUAUGAUGGAACAUCAGGAGUUUCAAAUAGACCUUGCAGCAGUCUCAAGGAAGGACUGGAAGAGCUGGCAUCAAAUAAAAGUAUUGAUAGUAUUGGGCCAAUAACAGACACCAUCAAAGCAAUGAAUGGUGAAACACUUCGUGACAACCUGAAAAGGCUGGGCUUUGAGGCGGGUCCCAUCACUCCCUCCACUCACACAGUAUACAUGAAACAUCUGUUGAGACUUAGAAGGAAACCUUGUCAUGGGCAGGAAGAUCAAUCUGCACUACCACAAUACUGCAAAGAACUGUGUCUGUUGUUGAGGCAGCCCAGUUCAAUUCCCUGGGAAGCCUGGACUGCUCUUGAGGAAAAAAUGAGCCAUCCAUUCUCCCGGCCUGACCCGACUCGACACUGGAGGAAUGGCACCAGCAAAUCAUGCUUUAACUACCUGCUGCUAGAUCCAAGAAUCACACAGAACCUUCCAAUAAUGGUAUCGGCAAUGAAUGAGACAGAAAAGAUUAACUGUUUUGUGGCAUCAAUUUUCUAUGUUGGGAAGGGCUCAAGAAGCAGACCUUAUUACCAUUUGUAUGAUGCUAUGAAAAAACAGAAAAGCAGAAAACAGAAUAAAAAAAUUCAAAAGAUUCAAGAAAUUUGGGCAGAUGGCUUGGGAGUUGUGUCACUUCAUGUCUUCCAGAACACCAUUCCUGUGGAGGCCUGGACAAGGGAGGCUGCAAUGAUUUCAGCUCUAGGCCUCAACAAUCUGUCCAACAGCAUGCAGGGAACAUUUUAUGGCCCUGCCAGUACCUGGACAAACUCAAAGAAGCACCAGCUGGGGGUCUGCCUUUUAUAUCGUUCCUUUAAAAUUUUCCUACAGGAGGGAGAGAGACAGUUGCGGCCAAAUGAUCUUGCCUUACCUUUUAAAGCAGCCUGAAUGUGAUAGCAAGUUAUACCUCUUUUAUUCUUAGUUUUUACUGCAAGUAAUCAAUCUUUGUAGAUUUUUAGUGCAAUAUCACCCAUUUUAUCCUAAUUUUUCUUUUAUCUUGAAUUCUUAGAGUUGAAUGAUGCACCAUUUGUGACUAUGUCUUGUGUAUAAGCUUCACCUUUCAUAAAAUUAGUUAUGUAUUUCUGGUUGUGCCAUGCUUGAUCACUGCUUUGUGUUUAGACACUGUAAUAAACUUAUUUAACUUAAUAGUAUCUACAAUGUAAUCUCCAAACAUUUAUGCAGAAGUUUUGUGUUAUUUAGCUACAUUUAUGAAACUGUAUGGCAUACCUGGAAGGUAUUCUUGAAAAGAUGGAUGAUAGCAAAGUUAGAGAGUGUGGUUUUGUUGAUUUCCUUCGCAAGAAACUUGUAAUGCAUAAGCAAUAAUGAGGAUUGCCUGUGCUGUACAAAUUGUAUAUCUGUAUCAUAGCCACCAGAAAGUUAUCCUUUUCACUGCAUUUGUAGCCUAAAUGUAAUUUUCUUAUCAUUUUUAUUGAAUAUCUAGAAAUUAAAUGUUUACAAAAUCAAAGACGUAGUUCGUAAGCACAAUCCAGUUUGUAAAUGAAACAGUGUAGACUGCAGAAAAUGAGUUACCAACAAAUAUAUAUAAGUAUAUAUGAUAGAGUGUACAAAAUGCAGAAGUUAAAGGCUCAAGCAAUAAAGCAUGAAGC